AUUUAAGUAGGCUGGCACAGCUGCUCGUGUGGAGGUUUUUUCUGUGAUUUUUUUCGAGUUUGUGAAUUUGUGAGAGAGGAUUUUUGGGAAUAUCUGAAGUCCAUAUCUAUACCCAUCCCAUCCCAAGCAGCACACACACACACGUUCACACACAAACACAAACACACACAGCCCUCCGUACGCGACGGAGAACGAUGCUCUGGCAACACCCAGCCAGCAUGACGAGCACAACGCAAACCACCACCACCACCAACAACGCAAACGACCAGCCCGGCAAGCUAGGAAUCAGCAUUGACGACCUGCUCGGCCUCCAGGCAGCCUGCUUCGAAUGGGCAGACAGCUACGAUGCCAAAGACUGGGAGCGUCUGAGCCGCUGCAUUGCACCGACGCUGCGCAUCGACUACCGCUCCUUCCUCAACAAACUCUGGCCCGCCAUGCCCGCCGCAGAAUUCAUCGCCAUGGCCUCCUCGCCCACCGUGCUCGGCGACCCGCUCCUCCGCACACAGCACUUCAUCGGCGGCACGCGCUGGGAGCGCGUCUCGGCCACCGAGGCAAUCGGCUACCACCAACUGCGCGUCCCGCACCAGAAAUACACGGAUGCAACGCUCAAGACGGUGGCGGUCAAGGGCCACGCGCACAGUCAUAAUACGCAUUGGUAUAGGAAGGUGGAGGGCGAGUGGAAGUUUGCGGGGCUGAAUCCGGAGAUUCGCUGGUUUGAGUAUGAUUUUGAUAGGGUUUUUGAGGGGGGGAGGGAGGCUUUUGGGGAGGAGGGGGAGAAGAAGGGGGAGAUGGAGAGGGAGUUGGUGGGGCGGGUUAGUGGGGUGCCGGUGGGGAUUGGGGGGGAGAAGGGGGAGGAGGAUGCGUUGGAUGUGUUGUUGGCGGAGGUCAAGGGGAUUGGUGGUGGUGGUGGUGAGGAGGGAGUGAAGCGCAAGGCUGUGUCUGAGGGGAAGGAUGGUGGUGCUGCCGUGGAGGUCAAGGCGCUUGGGCAGGGCGUCUAUGCAUCGUGAGCAGGGAAGGAGAGAAACGGUUCGAGUCGAGGGUGAGGUUGAGAAAGAGAGAGACGGGAUCUCGACAGGAUUGAUUUCCAAUGUAAUGUAGGCAGAAGUGCUUUUAUCGCCGACGUCCACGUGACGCGUAUAUAAAUAAUACCUAGCACGAAGUCACGAGAACAAGUUUACCUG